UUGAAUAGCCUACUGCCGUCUUAAUGCCAGAAGUGGGGCUUAUUAUGGGGCACGGCUGUUAGGUAUUUGUGCGUUAACAUUCGGGAAGGAUCGAGGGCGAUGCCAACGGGAGUAAAUGAGUAAACAUACUACUCAUAAGAAGACUUAACGAUUCAUUUGCAAUAAAAUGUACCUGACAUUUGUCGAGGGACGCUGAACAACCAAGAUGAAGAGAGGAAGAGUAAACAUUACUUCAAAAUGCCAAGGUUUUCCCAGCGCCGAUGGCCGGAUUAAAAGACAAAAAAUAGGGCUCCUGGGACCCUCUUUGGCACAGAGACGAGCGGAGGACUGGGGCAAUUUGCCACAUCAUGUAGUCCUGCAAAUCUUUCAGUAUCUGUCCCUGGUGGACAGGGCCAGAGCUUCAUCGGUGUGUCGUCGCUGGAAUGAAGUCUUUCAUAUUCCUGAUCUGUGGCGGCGAUUUGAGUUUGAGCUUAACCAACCGGCCACGUCUUACUUGAAGUCCACACACCCUGAUCUAAUUCAGCAGAUAAUCAAGAGGCACGCCCAGCACCUGCAGUAUGUCAGCUUCAAGGUGGACAGCUGCACAGAGUCCGCAGAGGCAGCAUGUAAUAUAUUGUCCCAGCUGGUGAACUGCACCAUAAAAACACUGGGUCUCAUUUCAACAGCUCGGCCCAGCUUCAUGGACGUGUCACAGUCGCACUUUGUGUCGGCACUGACGGUGGUGUUUGUGAACUCCAAGUCGCUGUCUUCCAUUAAAAUUGACGACACGCCCGUGGACGACCCCUCCCUGAAGGUGCUGGUGGCGAACAACAGCGACACGCUGAAGCUGCUUAAGAUGAGCAGUUGUCCCCAUGUGUCCCCAGCCGGUAUCCUGUGUGUGGCUGACCAGUGCCACGGUCUGCGGGAGCUGGCGCUGAACUACCACCUGCUGAGCGACGAGCUGCUGCUGGCGCUCUCCUCGGAGAAGCACGUCCACCUGGAGCACCUGCGGAUCGACGUGGUCAGCGAGAACCCGGGACAGACGCGCUUCCACUCCAUCAAGCGCAGCAGCUGGGAGGCGCUCAUCGCCCACUCGCCCAAGGUCAACAUCGUCAUGUACUUCUUCCUGGAGGAGGAGGAGUUCGACCCCUUCUUCAACGAGGAGACGCCCGUCACGCACCUGUACUUCGGCCGCGCCGUCAGCAAGGACAUGCUGGGCCGCAUCGGGCUCAACUGCCCGCGGCUGGUCGAGCUGGUGGUGUGCGCCAACGGCCUGGAGCCGCUGGACGAGGAGCUGAUCCGCAUCGCCGAGCGCUGCAAGAGCCUGACGGCCAUCGGCCUGGGCGAGUGCGAGGUGACGUGCAGCGGCUUCAUGGAGUUCGUCAAGAAGUGCGGCGGCCGCCUCACGCAGCUGUCCAUCAUGGAGGAAGUGCUCAUCCCCGACAACGGCUACAACAUGGAGCAGGUCCACAGCGAGGUGUCCAAGCACCUGGGCCGCCUGUGGUACCCCGACAUGAUGCCCACGUGGUAGGGGGUGACCCCCUGCUCUGUUACACACACACACACACACACACACACACACACAUUGUCACGUGUGCAUGCGGACACCUUACAUACAUACUGGACAUCCCCGUCGGGACAUGUGGAGGACACAGACUAUGACUUUGCUGUUCUGGAACUCCUUUGUGUGGUUGCCCUAUAGAAAUCUGGAGAGGUUUCUUUUUUUCUAUUCAUGUUGGUCUCUCUGUGGCUUAUGUCUGUGAGAUUGAUGGUGCUCGGCUCACAUGAAAGAGUUGGGCUUGUGGAUGUUUGAUGGUCAGUGAUGUCGGUUAUAUGUAAUGACCUUUUCUGUCUGCCUAGAUAGAAUUAUUUUCUGUCUUUUUCCAGCUCUAAUUAUGCUUUGAUAUGCAUCUGUCUACUAUUUAAUUAGACAUUUCACUGUGUGAAAUAAUUGGUACAGCAAUCUAUCAAGUGGAUUAUAUCUUUUUAAAACUCGUACAUAUUUAUGUUAUAUGUCUUGUUUCAUGAAUAACAUUUGAUAUUCUUGUUAAAAAUCUUUUUAACGGCAGACUUUUAAAUCUUGAGGUGUUAUUAAAGAAAUCUGCUGUGCAUUUACAUUUUCCAGUUUAGACACAAUGUGUAUCAUUAAAAAAAAAAUGUCAUAGAGGUUUAUACUGCACCUUAUGCGAAUGCAUUUUUUUAUGUAAGAUUUUAUAUGUGUAGUUCUCUGACAGUGCACUGUUUUACAUGAAGCUGUUGCCGCCGAAGGCUUCUUUGUUUCUCCUUAGCAGGCUUUAGAACGGCAAAGGGAUGCUUGUAUUUUCUCUUUUGAAAAGGGGAGUCAGUUUUUAAUAUUAAGGGACACCUUUCUGUUUCAGCUGUUCCACCACAUUUUGUGUUUGCCUUUUGUGCAAAUUAUGUGAUAUUUGUUUGGUUGUGCCAUGAUCACAGAACAUACUUUUACUAGGGUUUCCUAUCUCCUUAUAAUUAAGAAUAUACGUUUCUGUGAACUGACAUGUAUGUUAGUAGCUAGUAAGUAAAAGACCAUAUCUAAGAAACUGCAGAAAAUAAAAUUGUACUUUUGA